AUGAACUUGGAUGUGAGGGAGGCCCUUGUAGACAAGGAUGCAGAAAGUCACAGAGGAGUUGUGUGGCUUAGGUUGAUCAGACCUCAGCAGACUACAAGAAAAACUGCCUCCUACUGGAGUUUGGCCAAUGCCAAUAUUGUCUGUCUUCAGCUUGGCUGUGGGGUUACCAUGUCCACCCCAAAAGGAGCACACUUUGUGGAAGGAAGUGAUCAGAUCUCAACAGCCCGAUUUCUCUGCUCGGGGGCUGAGUCCUUCUUGUGGAGUUGCCCUGUGACUGCCCUGGGUGUUCCUGACUGCACCCAUGGAAACACAGCCUCUGUGAUCUGCUCAGGAAACCAGACCCAGGUGCUGCCCCAGUGCAACCACUCCCUGUCUGAACCAGCAGGCUCUGCAGUCUCAGAGGAGAGCUCCGCCAACUGCUCGGACAGCAGACAGCUCCGCCUGGUGGACGGGGGCGGUCGCUGCGCCGGGAGAGUGGAGAUCCUUCACCAGGGCUCCUGGGGCACCUUCUGUGAUGAUGGCUGGGACCUGGACGAUGCCCACAUGGUGUUCAGGCAGCUGGGCUGUGGAGAAGCCCUCAAUGCCACGGGGUCUGCUCACUUCGGAGCGGGAUCAGGGCCCAUCUGGUUGGACGACCUGAACUGCACCAGAAAGAAGUCCCAGGUGUGGAGGCGCCCUUCCCGGGGCUGGGGGCGGCACGACUGCAGGCACAAGCAGGACUCGGGGGUCAUCUGCUCAGCGUUCCUGGCCCUCAGGAUGGUGAGCGAGGACCAGGAGUGUGCUGGGUGGCUGGAAGUUUUCUACAACGGGACCUGGGGCAGUGUCUGCCACAACCCCAUGGAAGACAUCACCUUGUCCGUCAUCUGCAGACAGCUUGGCUGUGGGGACAGUGGAACCCUCAACUCUUCUGUUGCUCUUAGGGAAGGUUCUAGAUCCCGAUGGGUAGAUUUAAUCCAGUGCCGGAAAACCGAUACCUCUCUCUGGCACUGUCCUUCUGACCCUUGGAAUAACAAUUCAUGUUCUUCAAAGGAUGAAGCCUAUAUCUCCUGUACAGGAAGGAGAUCCAAGAUCUGUCCAACUGCUGCCCCCUGCACAGACAAAGACAAGAUCCGACUCAGGGGAGGAGACAGCGUGUGCUCAGGGCGGGUGGAGGUGGGGCACAGCGGCUCCUGGGGCACAGUGUGUGAUGACUCCUGGAGCCUGGCAUAGGCCAAGGUGGUGUGUCAGCAGCUGGGCUGUGGCCAUGCCCUGGAAGCCGUGUGGGACACGGCAUUUAGUCCUGGAAAUGGGAGCAUCUGGCUGGACGAGGUGCAGUGCGGGGGCCGGGAGUCCUCCCUGUGGGACUGUGCUGCGGAGCCCUGGGGGCAGAGCGACUGCAAGCACGAGGAGGAUGCUGGCGUGAGGUGCUCUGGUGGAAGAACAACUUUGCCCCCCACUAGAGCAGAGACCAGGCCAGGCUCAAAUCCUGUUCCUGGCAUCUUCUCCCUGCCUGGGAUCCUCUGCCUCAUCCUGGGAGCCCUUCUCUUCCUGGUCCUCAUCAUCCUGGUGACUCAGCUGCUGAGAUGGAGAGCAGAGCGCAGAGCCUUAUCCAGUGUAGAAGAUGCUCUUGCUGAGGCCGUGUAAGAGGAGCUUGAUUACCUUGUGACAGAGAAGGAGGAUCUUCUGGGCAGCACAGGGUUCCCGUCAGAUGACCUGGUGACUAAACUGCCAUAUUACACCGAGGAUGGUGAGGACCACGGAGACUAUAUGUCUGCUGCAGAGCCAGAUGAGAGGACUGAUGCCCCUGGUGAGGGUUAUGAUGCUGCUGAAGAGGUACCAGUGCCUGGGGCUCCUCCUGCUUCUGUGAUGAGUCAGGGGGAUGUGCCCCCACAGAAGGAGGGUGGGAUGAGAGCCUCUCAGACAAGCUCUUCUCUGCACUUCUCUAGAGAGGUGGCUGAUACUGGGAAAGGAAAAGAGAGCUCCUGGCUGUUCCAGGGGGAGAGGGGGGACCCUGGCUAUGAUGAUGUUGAAUUUAGUGUCCCUGCAACAGCCACAGUGGCUUUCCCAUGA